AUGGUGCUUCACAAUAAUGGAAAAUAUAGGGCUGAUAAAAAUGAUUCCAACAAAAAAGAAGCUGGACCAUCUACAGGACCAAGGGAAGAAUCAUCGGAAUCACGUCUCCGCGUAUCGAUAGAUAACGAUAGAAUUGAUUCUAAGUAUGGAUUUGAUAGAGUACGUGAUGCGAAAGAACGAACUGGUUAUCUGCUGAACAUGCAUACCGCUGAAAUUUUGGAUGAAGAUAAAAGAUUGGUUGCUGCAAUGGAUUAUUAUUUUAUAGAGAUGGAUGGUUCCAGGUUCAAAGUAUCUCUUAUGUUUAAUCCAUAUUUCCUUGUAUUGGCUAGAAAAGAGUGUGAGCAAGAAGUAAUACAAUACUUAUCUAAAAAAUUUGCUGGUACUAUACAUAAAAUAGAAAUUCUUGAGAAAGAAGACUUAGAUUUGCUGAAUCACCUGUCAGGUCUUAAGCAGCGUUACGUAAAACUAUCAUUCACAUCUCAAAAUGAAAUGAUAAAAGUCAGAAAGGAAAUACUAACAGCAGUAAACAAAAAUAAAGAAAGAGAGAAGAAAGAUGCUAUUUACUCUGAGAUGUUGACAAACGCACUGACUAGUGCUGCUGCAAUAGAAUAUGCAAAAAAAACCACUGAUCACAUGGAUAACAUUUUAGAUAUGAGAGAACAUGAUGUCCCUUACCAUGUAAGAGUAGCAAUAGAUAUGAAGAUAUUUUGCGGAACCUGGUAUACAGUGAAGAGUAGAGGUACAGAGACACCAAUAUUCACCAAAAGAGAUGAUAUCAUAGAAAGACCAGAUCCUAUAGUAUUAGCUUUUGAUAUUGAAACCACUAAAUUACCUUUAAAGUUUCCGGAUUCACAAACAGACCAAAUAAUGAUGAUUUCAUACAUGAUUGAUGGACAGGGGUACCUAAUUACAAAUAGAGAAAUUAUAUCUGUUGAUGUGGAGGACUUUGAGUACACACCUAAACCUGAAUUCGAAGGUCAAUUUAUAGUAUUCAAUGAACCUAAUGAAUUGGGCUUGAUUCAGAAGUUCUUUGAUCAUAUCAUGGAUGUUAAGCCCCAUAUAUUUGUCACAUAUAACGGUGACUUUUUCGAUUGGCCUUUUGUUGAAGCUAGGGCUGCCAUACUGGGAUUAGACAUGAAGCAAGAAAUAGGUUUUAGUAAAAUCACUGGACGAGAUGGUACUUAUGCUUGCCGACCAGCAAUGCAUAUGGAUUGUUUAUGUUGGGUGAAAAGAGACUCCUAUCUGCCAGUGGGUUCUCAAGGCCUUAAAGCUGUAGCGAAGGCAAAAUUGCGGUACGACCCGGUGGAGUUAGACCCUGAAGACAUGUGCAGGAUGGCUGCUGAGCAGCCACAGGUGUUAUCAAACUAUUCAGUAUCAGACGCAGUUGCUACUUACUAUUUGUAUAUGAAAUAUGUUCACCCGUUUAUAUUUGCUCUCUGCACCAUUAUUCCACUGGAACCUGAUGAGGUCCUUCGCAAAGGCUCCGGCACACUCUGCGAGUCUCUCCUCAUGGUGGAGGCGUUCCACGCCAACAUCGUGUUCCCCAAUAAGCAGGUGGAAGAACUUAACAAGCUCACCAGCGAUGGGCAUGUGCUCGAGACAGAAACUUAUGUGGGAGGUCAUGUGGAAGCUCUGGAAUCGGGUGUCUUCCGUGCUGAUAUUAAAUGUAAAUUCAGAAUAGUCCCAUCAGCAAUAGAUAAACUGAUGGAAAAUACUGAGAAAACUAUGAAACAUGCUAUCGAAGUGGAAGAAGGAAUACCACUAGAUUUAGUCACCAAUUUUAAUGAGGUUUGCGAGGAAAUUAAGGCAAAAUUACAACACAUGAAAGACCAUCCAAGGCGAGAUGAAAACCCCUUGAUAUAUCAUUUGGAUGUAGGAGCUAUGUACCCCAACAUUAUUUUAACUAAUAGGCUGCAGCCGUCGGCGAUGGUGGGCGCGCGCACGUGCGCCGUGUGCGACCACAACCGCCCCGGCGCCGACUGCCAGCGCCGCAUGGAGUGGAUGUGGCGCGGCGACUACCUGCCAGCAACAAGAAGCGAAUAUCAAAGAAUCCAACAGCAGCUGGAGACAGAGAAGUUUCCGCCUCUCCACCCCGGAGGCCCACAGAGAGCGUUCCAUGCUUUGCCUAAAGAAGACCAGGCAGCGUAUGAAAAGAAACGUCUGGCAGAUUAUUGUAAGGUGGCAUACAAGAAGACAAAAGUAACUCGUACCGAAGUCCGCACCACUACUAUAUGCCAGAAGGAAAACUCAUUUUAUGUGGAUACUGUUAGAGCUUUCAGGGACCGUCGCUACGAGUACAAAGCGCUGAACAAGCAGGCGAAGGCGAUGGUGUCGGCGGCGCUGGCGGGCGGCGACGCGGCCGAGGUCAAGAGCGCCAAGAGCCGCGAGGUGCUGUACGACUCGCUGCAGCUCGCGCACAAGUGUAUACUCAACUCCUUCUACGGAUAUGUUAUGAGGAGAGGCGCGCGCUGGCACAGCAUGGAGAUGGCGGGCAUCGUGUGCUACACCGGCGCCAACAUCAUCAUGCGCGCGCGCGAGAUCAUCGAGCAGGUGGGCCGCCCGCUCGAGCUCGACACCGACGGUAUCUGGUGCAUACUGCCCUCGUCAUUCCCCGAGAACGUGACUAUCCACACAACGCACCAGAAGAAAAAGAAAAUCAACGUGUCAUUUCCCAAUGCUGUUCUGAAUGCUAUGGUUAAGGACUAUUUCACCAACGAUCAAUAUUACGAACUGCUAGAUCCAGUUGAGAAAAAGUAUGAAAAGAGAUCGGAAAACUCAAUUUUCUUUGAAGUAGAUGGACCUUAUCUCGCUAUGGUGUUACCAGCUUCUAAGGAAGAAGGCAAAAAGUUGAAAAAACGUUACGCUGUGUUCAAUUUUGACGGCUCAUUGGCUGAAUUAAAAGGGUUUGAAGUUAAACGCCGAGGUGAACUACAACUUAUUAAAAUAUUUCAAUCGUCAGUAUUCGAAGCUUUUCUUAAAGGAAAUGACUUAAAGUCUUGUUAUGGAGCUGUAGCGAAAAUUGCCGACUACUGGCUCGAUGUGCUGUACAGUAAAGGAUCCAAUAUGCCUGAUUCAGAAUUGUUUGAACUUAUAUCGGAAAAUAGAUCGAUGUCCAAGAAAUUAGAGGAUUAUGGCGGUCAAAAGUCGACGUCGAUUUCCACUGCGAAGAGGCUGGCUGAGUUUUUGGGUGAUCAGAUGGUCAAAGACGCUGGCUUAGCUUGCAGGUUCAUAAUAUCCCGCAAGCCCGAGGGUGCCCCGGUGACGGAGCGCGCGGUGCCGCUCGCCAUCUUCCAGUCGCCGGGCGCGGUGCGGCGCCACCACCUGCGCCGCUGGCUCAAGGACGCCUCCGUCGGCGAGGACGUCGACAUCCGCGACGUGCUCGACUGGGCCUACUACAUAGAGAGGCUGAGUGGGGCUAUACAGAAGAUCAUUACUAUACCUGCUGCUUUACAGGGGCUAGAUAAUCCAGUCCCUCGAGUCCAGUACCCGGAUUGGUUGCACAAGAAGAUGUUGGCGAAGAGUGACAAGUACAAGACACGGAAGAUCACGGAUAUGUUCAGUGCGAAACCUAAGGAGGUGUCCAAAGAUAAUGAUGAUGAUGAUGAUGACGGUGAUGAAAAUAAUGCUUGUAAUACAGAAGUGGAUAUAGAGGAUAUAGGUAAGGAAGUUGCUGGAUCGUCAUCCAUUCGUCCAGUCGUCCACAGCGUGAAGCGCAAGAGAGAGGAGUCGCCGUUAAAAGAGGCUGCCACUUGGAGGGAAGCCCUAGGGCCUCCACCGCCGUUUGGGAAUACUAAGGAAGAACGGAGAGCUUGGAUAGUGUUCCAGAAGAAGAAAUGGAUGUGGCAGAUGGAACAACGCGGACUACGUAAUAAGAGUAAAAGAGGUAGAGUAGAUAAAGAUGCAUCAACGAGUAUGGUGUCGAGGAAUACCGGCCCCACCAACACGCUGGGUGGCUUUAUAAGGCGGGCUCAAAGAACACUCCUGAAUACACCGUGGCAAAUUAUACAGGUAGCGGAGACGGCGGAGCCAGGGCUGUUCAAGCUGUGGGCGCUGGUGGGCGCGGAGCUGCACCAGGUGCGGCUGUCGGUGCCGCGCGUGUUCUACGUCAACCGGCGCGUGGCGCGCGCCGCCGACCGCGGCCCGCACUGGCGGCGCUGCGCGCGCCUGCUGCCCCGCGCGCGCCCCGCGCACCACCUGUACCAGUACACCGUGCCCGAGCAUCUCUACAGGGAGAGAUGCCAAGAAUUGAUGAGUGAAUUAUCGGCACCAGAAAUAGAAGGCAUAUACGAAACACAAAUGAGCUUGGAGUUCAGAGUUCUCAUGCAACUGGGCUGUAUUUGUGCUGUAGACCCGCAAGAAGCUAGACGACUGAUUCAAUUUGGCUCCAAUAAUAUGGACACGUUUACGCUAAGUCAACUACAAUUUAAAAGUGUCGCUCACCAACCAUACUUGCAAAAACAGGAUGGCGUAUCUCCAAUAAAACAUAUAUUCCUGUACCAACACUCGGCACCGAACUCCAGCCGCAGUAUGUGGGCCUUGAUACUGGGGCCGGUCAAGCGUGGCUACAUCUUCGUGCUAGACACGGUUAAAAGCAACCAAGUGCCCAAUAUGAAUACUUUGUAUUCAGCAGAAAGGACCGCUAAAAUAAACCUAGGCACAGAUGAGAGCAGCCUCCCCGGCGCGGAGCUGGCGUGGGAGGUGUGCGCGGAGAGCGAGGCGCGCGCGGUGUGGCGCGGCGUGCAGCGCGCGCUGCAGCGCUACCGCGACGAGCGCUGCGGGCCCACCGCCGUGGUGCUGCAGGCGGCGCUCUCGCCCGCCGCCUUGCUCGCGCUCAUGCCAGGUCUGUCGGAGUUCCCGCUGGUGCCGCUGCACGUGCGCGACGUGGAGGCGCUGUACAGCACGCUGGAGUGGCAGCGCGUGGGCGCGCGCGCCAUCGUCAGGCAUUACCUCAACCUGCAGUCUGUGCUCGACCUGACCAUUGAACAGUGCCGGUAUUUCCACUUGCCACUGGGCAACACAGCGGCGGACCCGACGCUGUUCGGGGCGGACUUGUUCUUCGCCCGACACCUCGUCAAGAACAACUUCGUGCUGUGGUGCUCCAGCCUCGAGCGCCCCGACUUGGGCGGCAGGGAGAUUGACGAUAAUAGGCUCGUGAGCGAGGCGGAGGAGUGGUCGGGGUGCAGCCACAGCGCGAGCGGCGCCUACGCCGGCGUGUGCGUUGCGCUCAGCUGCGACGCGCUCGCCGUCUGCGCGCUGCUGCAGGCGCACCACGUGCUGCAGGUUGAAGGAACAAGUGUGGCGACGUCAUUUGGUGCACAGCAUUCGAGUAUUCAAGAUGUCAUGGCUACAACAGGUACAAACGCGACGGAGACCUACGACGAGACGGCACAAUGCAGCGCCGCCUUCAAAAUCCUGCGGACGAUGAUAGCUUCGUGGCUGCGGGACGUUACGUUGUACAAAAAUGUCUUCGCUGAUUUCCAGAUCUCACAUUUUUAUAGAUGGUUAAAAACCCCCACGUCCCUCCUCUACGACCCGGCGCUCCGGCGCACCCUCUACAGCUUGAUGAAGAAGCUGUUCCUGAUGCUGGUGGCGGAGUUCAAGCGGCUGGGCUCGCAAAUUGUCUUCGCUGACUUCAACAGGAUCAUAUUGUAUACUAAGAAACAGUCGGUCUUAGAUGGCAUAGGUUAUGUGGAGUUUGUGGUGCAGAGUAUAAGAAAUAAGGAGCUCUUCCAUGGAAUAGACAUUCGGUACAAACAAUGCUGGUCAUACCUACUCUGGCUCGAUGAAGCCAACUAUGCGGGAAUUGAGGGCAAAUUACCGUCAGGCUUGGUAGAGGUAGGAUCAUCGCAAGUGCCUACCAAUGAGGAGGAUCCCGAGGAAGAGGGUGCAGUGACAAUGCAGUGGAACCUGGCGCAGUGCAUGCCGGCGGCGGUGCGCGACCCGUUCGGGGCGGCCGUGGCGGGCGUGCUCAGCGCCGCGCACGCGCAGCCGCAGCGACGCGCCGAGCUGCUGGCUACCGACAUCUCGCAGAAACUCUUUCAGAUGACAGAAAAAAUCCACCGUCGCAUGCCGACCCUGAAGCUGGAGGAGAUCGGGCCGCAGGCGGGGCUGCGCGCGGACGCGCUGCGCGACGCCACGCCCGCCUUGCUCUUCGUCAACGCGCUCUGCAAGGUGCUCUCGCUCGACGACGGCCUGCAGGAUGAGGUAACCCUCCUCCGUCGCAAUCUCCUGCGGCUGAUCAACGUGGGCGAGUUCAGCGCGGCGGCGGAGUGGCGGCCGCCCUGCGCGCCCUGCGUGCUCGGGGAGGUCAUCUGCAAGGUGUGCAACCACUGCCGCGACCUCGACCUCUGCCGCGACACACAUCGCGAGUCUGACCCACCUGUCUGCUUGUGCCCCACUUGCGGUACUGCUUAUGAGAACCAGGAAUUGGAAUGGAGAUUAAUUGAAACAUUGAACCGCCGCGCGAUGGCGUACACCCUGCAGGACCUGGUGUGCUCCAGGUGUCACCAGGUGAAACGCGAAAAUCUAUCGAUUGUAUGUGACUGUGCAGGCGAGUUUGCCCUGAUGGUUCCUGUCGACGAAAUUCGCACACAACUGGCCACAUUUAAAACAAUAGCCGAAUACUACAAGAUGCCUUUAUUGAUGGAACUUAUAGAAUUUAAUAUGAAUAAUAUG